AUAUGCAUUUAUUCUAUUCAGAUUUUUGCAGCUUCUCCGCUAAUUAGAAAGGUCGGUGAACCUGACUUUCAGUUUACCCUCCGCGUCACGCUCUGCUCCUGUCUCCUCGCUCUCUCUCUCCGCUCUGGCUGCGCGCCGCUUUCGGAGGGCUCCUUAUAAAUAAAAUCCACCGUCCCUGGUUCCUCUUCCUUAUUGGUCAGGUGGAGUCGUUACCUCACUCCGGGGCCGGUGACGCAGCGUCUUCACGUAUCCUUCAUGUGCGUCUCUUCUUGUUUCUUAUAGAGAGUCUUGCCCCUCGGCCAGAGCGGAGACAACAGGAUUCGCGACGAGCCGAGAGUGCCGGACGGACCGGGCGCGCUCGAUACUAAACACUUCCCAUCCCGGGAGAAGAGCGGCGCACAAGAGCAGUCUCUCUCUCUCUCUCUCUCUCUCUCUCUCUCUCUCUCUCUCUCUCUCUCAUUGUCUGUGUCUCACUCUCACACACUUUCUCUAUGAGUUUUCCCGUCUGUCUUUCUCGCUACCUCCCACACACACACACACACACACACACACACACACACUCACUCACGCCCGCGCGCACGCUCUGCGUACGUCUCCACUUUGCCAUAGUAAACUGAGCAUUGAUCUCAGCGACGAGUGCGGAUCUGUCUCUUGUGUUCGCCCUUUCUUCGACGGACCGACUUGGAGAAACGCUCGAGAGAGAGAGAGAGACAAGUGACUCUUCUCAUCCGGCGUGUCUGUGGGGACCCCUGGUCAUGUCCGCUUAGCUCCCCUGCGUGAUGCCUGAUCAUGACAGCGCCACCCUCCUAACCAGACAGACCAAGCGCAGACGUGUCGACAUUGGGGUGAAAAGGACUGUGGCUAGUGCGUUAUUCAGCCGCGCCAGGGAGACCCUGCUUGAAAGCAUGAACCAAUCACGUGGCUCCGAUCAGGACGGAGAAUGCUCGUUGGUCAGUCACGGCCAUGGCGGUGCCAACGGUGACGGGGAGAAGUCGAAUGUUUUGAGGAAAUUGCUGAAGAGGGCCAACUCGUACGAAGACGACAUGAUGCCUUUCCCUGGUGCUACCAUCAUCUCUCAGCUGCUGAAGAAUAACAUGGGGAAGAAUGGAGGGAGUGACUCAGGCUUUCAGGGGAGUGGCGCUCUGUCCAGUGGAGGCUCGGAGAUCCACGCCGAGGACGCCUGCAGCAACUCCUCCCGCGACAGCCCGUCUGACUGCCUCUCUCCUGGGCCUCCUCUUCCCCCUCCACCUUCUUCCUCCUCCUUUGGGCGACCGGUGCCUCCUUCAAGCCUCAACUCCCACGCUCCCUCUCAGCCCCUCUCCCUCUCCACCUUCGACUUGGACAGGCUGUCGGACGAGCACCUCCGCGCCAAGCGCGCCCGCGUGGAAAACAUCAUCCGCGGCAUGAGUCACUCGCCAUUGGUCCGGCCCAACGGCGACCACGGCCAAGAAAGCAACCGCGAAAACGAGACUUGCAGCAACAACAGCAGCGGCAGUAAUGACCAGCGAAGAGACGGCAACAGUCACAACACCAGCGGCCACAACCACAGCCGGAGCGACGGCCCUUCUUCCCUCCUGAGCUCUCCAGGUUCGCGGGGUGGCAUGGUCGGCGUUGGCGAGGUUUAUAGGGAGAAUAAAAGAAAGCAGCGCCUGCCACAGCAGCAACACAGCUUCACACAGCUGGUGUGUUCCAGGCAGGAGCAGAGACAGGAAGAGAGACGGCAGCUGAAACUGCAACUGGAGGACAUGCAGAAACAGCUGCGUCAACUCCAGGAGAAGUUCUACCAGAUCUACGACUCAGAGACGGAGGAAGAGGAAGAGAACGGCGAGAGCAGAGAGGCCGACCGAGGUGGAGAAAGAGAGGAGGACGGUAACUUGUCAGAGGACAGUAUCCGCUCCGAUGGCCUGGAGGAGAGGUACAGGGACAGAGGGCGGCGUAGCAAUGACGACCUGUCUGAACUGGACCCAGGCCUGUUUCUGGACCGGGCCCGAGCCCUCCUCCGAGAACAGGCCCUGAUAGACGGAGAAAUGGAGGAGGAUGAGGAGAGGAAUGUAGAAAGGGUGAUUAAGAGAAGAGGAGGAGCGGCAGGAGGAGGAAGGCAGUUAGCAGAGACGCUGAAGCAGGAACUGAACUGUGCCGUGUCGCAGGUGGUUGACACCGUCGUCAAGGGCUUCUCCUCGCCCAAGCAGGCCGUCGGUCACCAUCAUGGCUGCCACAGCAGCACACCGGCUGCACCCUCCUCUUCUUCCAACUCGUCCUCUUCCUGUCCUCCACCUUUUGGGCCCCUCCCCUCUCUCACCCCGGACACACGCUUUGGUGGUGGCGCCCUGGCCCUCAGCAUGAACGGCAACGGCAGUCCGACCCCUAGCUACCACUCCUCCAACCAGAGGCUGCAUUGCUUCGCCGAUGUAAUCGUCCCGAGCCCGCUGGAUUCAUUCGGUGGUUUGAGUGGCAGACUGAGCGGUUUGCCAACGUCCAACGACCAAACCGAGGCACUGCCACUGGUGGUGCGCAAGAGUGGCGGAGGAGGUGGAGGAGAGAAUACUAACGCCUCUCUUCCUCCUCCUCAUCCUCACCAUCCCUCCCUCCACCCCUCUCCCCUCACAGCCUCGCUCGGGUUUAGCCCUCCAUCCUUUCGCCACCCGUUCCCUCUUCCCCUUAUGGGUUACCCCUUUCAGAGCCCCCUUUCACACGGGGGUGGAGCUGGCUACCCUCCAGGGUCCAAGGACCUUCAUCGGUCCUCCCCCGAUUCUAUGGACAUGACCCGGGAAACUGUCAGCCUCAGAACCAAAAUGGCAUCCCUCGGAGGAGGCCAUCUCAGUCAUCACCAUCAUCAUCACCACCACAGGCAGAGCUCACCGGGCCAACAUGGGCCAGAGGGUCUGUCCCUAUCCCUCAUAAAGUCUGAGUGUGGAGACCUGCAAGACAUGGCCGACAUAUCGCCUUACUCAGGCAGCACCAUUCAGGAGGGCUUGUCUCCCAACCACCUGAAGAAGGCCAAGCUGAUGUUCUUCUACACCCGCUACCCUUCCUCCAACAUGCUCAAAAUAUUCUUCUCAGACGUCAAGCAGUGGGGAAUCUGGGGGCAAAGAAGACAGAAAAGGCCACUGCAAGAUUUCAAUCGCUGCAUCACCUCCCAGCUGAUCAAGUGGUUCAGCAACUUCAGGGAGUUCUACUACAUCCAGAUGGAAAAGUUCGCCCGGCAGUCCAUCAACGAGGGUGUGACCGCCUCAGAGGAGCUGGUGGUGGGCCGCGACGCCGAGCUCUUCAGGGCGCUCAACAUGCACUACAACAAGGCCAACGACUUUGAGGUUCCUGAACGAUUUCUGGAGGUGUCCCAGGUGACUUUGCGCGAGUUCUUCAACGCCAUCGUGGCUGGAAAGGACGCAGACCCGUCCUGGAAGAAGGCCAUCUACAAGGUGAUCUGCAAACUAGACAGCGAGGUUCCCGAUGUCUUCAAAUCCCCCAACUGUCUACAAGAACUCCUCCAUGACUGACUAGGGCGAGGAAGGAAACGCAGCGAGCAAGACAAACCUCUGAGGACCGUGAGAGGACUGUAAGAGAGUUAGGUUGAGGUCUUCAGUAAAAAUGCGUUUUGAUGUUCAUGACGCGAUGCAGAGACGUGGUUUUACUCGGAGGCUUCUGGAGAGGUUUUUUGGUGGUUGUUUUUUGGUCAGCCCAACAUUUAAAACACAAGCCUGCCCUCAAAAUGAUUUAUACAGAAAAAAAAAAUAGUCCUCUUGAAUGAGGUAGCGGGCUCAAGAGUCAGACAAUACUCAAAUUAAGAUAUUGUGUUGAGACUUUUACCAAUUAAAAGCAAAACAGUGGGAAUCCUUGCACUUACAAAAAAGCUCCUCGUUGCCGAAAACCCCGUCUUCUCUUUCUCCUCCACCUCGUCCGAGCUCGCUCUUCGUCCUUCUCUGGAGGAACAAAGGUAUGAGGAAGAUGAUGGAUCAAUCUUCAGCCCGUGACUUGGGGUGGGGAGCAAACUAAAUAUAAAGAUGAUAAUAUAUAAAGAAAAUCUUUUUAUUGUGGAUGUUUUUGAGUUACAUGGACAUUUUUGGAGAAAAAAAAAAAGGUGAUGUUUCUGCAUUUUUUUCUUCUUUGUAUAAGUACAGCCUCUUUACUAUAAACCCUCAGUCAAUCGCAUAGAUACCCAUGCACACACAACCACAAACACACACACACACACACACACACACACACACACACCUCUUGAAUAGGAUCGCACAGUAGCAUUCCCAAAUCCUCACCUGAACCCAGACAAACUGGACACUUAGUUGUUGUUUAUUUCCCUUCUUUUUUUCCCCUCCUCUUUUUACUGCUCGCUCUUUUUACUGUACCGAGACGUACUGGGUGUUUGUUCUGACUGUGGCUCUCCCUGCCCCACCCUUCCCACGCUGCCCCUCUUGGCUCAUGUUGCAUUCAGGCACCCAGAGCAUCGAAGACAAAAACCCUUUUUUUUUUUUUUUUUUUUUAUAAAUCUCUCAGAUCUAGAGACUACGAGUCCCGUUUUUACAAUAUCAGAAAAAUAGGUCAUUCAGACAUUAGACAAACUGUAUGGGCAUUUUAUUUUAAGCCGUCAUGAAUCAGAUUGAUCCGUUAACCUCAGUUACCGCAAUUAUUUCACUAAAUUACUACAGCCUGACCAACAUGAUAAAUGCUGAUAUUGACAGAGAAUGGCCCCCUUUUUUUUCGUUGUUUUUACUUAACAGACAUUUUUUUAAAUUAAAAUGUUGUUAUGUAUGAUAUGUGACAAAGUUUUGUACUGAGAAGGUCAGUAAUUUCAGUGAUUUCUGGUGGACAAACUAUGUAACAGUGACACUGUUUCUCAUUGAUCAUCUGACAGAGAAAUACAUCUGUGAUAGGCUAAUACUGUAUCUGGCCCAACUACUACUGGUUUAUUUAUAAUAUUUUCAAUAUAUAGCACUGAUGCUGGAUACAUUCAGGACACGUUGUGGACAUGUUAGUGCUGUAACAAUUUUGGUAUUCAUUUCUUUUUUUUUAUAUAAUCUGUGUUGGAUGCUUCAUUUGUUUCUCAGAACAUUCAAAAUCCUAAUCUGAAAAAAAAAAAAAAAAAAAUCACAUUUACAUCAAUUUUGUGAUUUCAUGCGAAGUGGAUUCACUGUAUUGUAAAUCAUUGUUGUAAACGUAUUUGAAUCAUCAUUUUGUAACAAUGACCAGGAACCACACCAUUCAUUCCAGUUCCAUGUGCUUCGUAGAUCCCUUUCUAAGCAGCACGUCAUUCCCACAUGAUACAACACACAAGAAUCAUUCUUCAUGGUGCUCUGGGACAGGCUAACCUUUGGCAAUACACAAGUACUGACUGGACUCAAACACUUGCACAGAGGAUUUUAGCACUCAAAACACUGGCGACUAACCGUGGUACAAUCAGUUGUUCUUAAAAUUGAGCUCAUACAUUCAGAGGUGUCAAAAGGUCUCAUUUUAACCCUGUUUCGUGCUGAGAACCUUGAAACUGGAAGUCACUGUAAGUUACCAAACCACUAUUGGAAAAAACAGAUCUUUCUCUUUGCUCUGGGUGGCACAGACGGGCAGCUGCCCCGGCCGGGUCAUGUGUGUGAAGUGUUUAAGGUUUUAACAGCAGUAAACAAAAA